GUGACGGUGUGCGUGUGUGUGUGUUAGUGAGUUUUCCUACGAAAUAGCGAAAUCAGCAACACCAGCAGAAAAGGUGUACAGAACGUGUUGAUAACAGUGAGACCGUGGUGCCGUGUGUCCGUUAUUAGAGCUCGGGAGUGUGUUGUUAAUUGAUGAAAAAAGAGGCUCGCCAAAAUGCCGCAGAACACCCCAUAUUUCCAGUCACCCUGGUUUUCCCUUCCCUUGGGCCCCUUAUUUCGGUCCCCUAAGGGUGAAAAACUGUACUGAGGUGGAAGAAAUACAAAAGAAGAAGCAACAAAAAAAAGCAAGAACACAACGCACACAGGAACCCUGGAAGUGUUCGAAAACGGAACAAAGGAAAACGAUAGCUUUUUAUGAAAUUUAAUUUAUGCUGAUGUAUGCCAAAUCGGGGAAAUGGACAAAAAAGAAACCCUGAAACGGACCAUCAGUACUCUGCACAGGUAUCCGUGUGAUGGGCGAUGGCGAAUGGUGUGGUCAGGCUACGGUCGUGUGGUCGCAUUCGCAGGACAUGGGUUUUUAGCGUGAAAUGUGUAUAUGUGUGUGCCGUUUUUAGUAGAACUUUUGCGACCUAACGAAGAGCACACUGACACGCGCACGCACACACACAAGCACUUACUAAAAUGAAGUGAAAACAAGUGAAGAAGUUGGCAGGGAACUGAACUGAUGAAGUACAUUGGUACAAGGAUAUACCAGGACGGAAAGACAUAUAGCAGAACUGUCCAAUUGAUCAUUGAUGCCGACGCGGUGCCGCAGCGCUAAACACAACAAAAAGAAAAUAAACUAAACAAAAGUUAAACCAACCAAACAAACACGUCUGCAACACUGUAAAACAUUCUGCUAACAGAUCAUCAGACACCUAGAAGACAAACUAAACCCCGUUUGGCACUGUUAAAGCGUGUGAAGCGUGUGUGAACGAGAGAGAUUGAGAGAGAGAGAGAGAAAAAAAAAGAGAAGAAAACCUAUAAACCCAGAGGACCACAACCUAUUUGCAUAUAAAGUAAAGAAGGUAGUAGCUGUUUUAUAUUGACAUUUUACAAAACAAAACACUCACUCGUGGUGUGGUGCGUAGCAGAGAACGCAAUACAGUAGGAAAGGACAAAGAUCCUUUAGUCCACACAACUGCUGCAAUCGGACAUACAUCGGUUUUUUUUGCGGCGAUAACAGCCUCGAUAGCCGCCGCUGCGCACGAACGGCACGACACAACGACAACAGAGCGACAGCGAGAGCUCAACAAACGCACACCAAAUUUUUGCCAAAUUUAUCCUGUGAACACAAAGAACUGUCAGUGCUGGGGUACAGAUACGUGCAGCCUGCAGGCACCACCAUGCUGGCCAUGUCAACGCUGAUGAUGCCGGCACCAACGAUGGCGCUCGGUGCACCGCAGCUAGCGGUGGGCCCGCACCAGAAGCCACCGGAAGCGAAACUGCUCGCAAUCCAUCCGGCACACACGCAAACGCAAACUACUCCUCAGCAUCAGCUGCAGGCGCAACAGCAGCAGCAGCAGCAGCAGCAGGCGCAACAGCAGCAGCAACAGCAUCAGCAGCAACUUCAGCAGCUGUCUGCAAUAAAGCAAGAGCAUUACCACAUAUUCGUGGGUGAUUUAAGCCCGGAAAUUGAAACGCAAACCCUGAAGGAAGCAUUCGCCCCGUUCGGAGACAUAUCUGAUUGUCGCGUUGUUAGGGAUCCUCAAACAUUAAAAUCGAAAGGAUACGGAUUUGUUUCAUUCGUAAAGAAAACGGAAGCGGAAAAUGCAAUUGCGGCUAUGAAUGGGCAAUGGCUUGGUUCGAGGAGUAUUCGAACAAAUUGGGCAACUAGGAAACCGCCGGCUAGCAAAAACGAAAUCAACGCAAAGCCGCUGACAUUUGAUGAAGUGUAUAAUCAAAGUAGCCCGACCAACUGUACCGUCUACUGUGGUGGCAUCGGUGGUACUUUGGCUGGCGGAUUGAAUGAAGACAUUUUGCAGAAAACUUUCUCUCCGUUCGGUACCAUACAGGAAAUCAGGGUGUUCAAGGAUAAAGGCUACGCGUUCGUAAGGUUCUCGACCAAAGAGGCCGCAACUCAUGCGAUUGUCGCCGUGCACAACUCCGAGAUCAACUCCCAAACGGUAAAGUGCUCCUGGGGCAAGGAAAGUGGUGAUCCGAACAAUGCACCCUCGUUGGCUAGCCAGGCACUGAGCCAGACCGGAUUUCCGUUCAAUACCGCGUACGGGCAGCAAGUGGCCGGCUAUUGGUAUCCGCCGGCUCCGGCAUAUCCAGCAACACCGGCACCGGCGGCAACACCCUUGCAGGGUCAAUUUCUCCAGGGCAUGCAGGGUUACACGUACGGACAGUUUGCCGGCUAUCAGCAGGGUUACAUGGGCAUGGGCAUGCAGAUUCCCGGUGCCUGGCCUGCUGUACCAGCGCAGGCGCAGCUACCUACUGCGGCCCAGCAGAUUACGGCCCAGAGCGUUGGCGGUGCAUUGCCCCAAACUGCUGGGGUCGUCGCGUACCCGAUGCAACAGUUCCAGUUAGCUGAAGACGAAUGGUUAGCGCCAAGUCUUCUAGUGUAGCUUCCCUGAUGGCCAUCACUGUGCGGCUGUGUCUCACAGCGUAAUUAGAAUGCAGAGUAUUUGAAGAGUUUUUGGAAAACCCAACAAAAAAAAACACAUACACACAAAUCAGCCUGUUCAUCUGACUAUGUACGCACAAACACACGACAGACAAAACGAAUACGAUUCGGUGGUACAAAAUCAUGCAAAGAACAACAAAAAAACAAAACGCGAAGCAUCUACUGCACAAGCGUGCGGCCAUCCGCAUGGUUGUGAUGAACUAGCAAAUGAAACGAUGUGAGACCAGAACAGCAACAUACAAACAAAGAAAAAUGAAAGAAAAAAAACAAAUAAAAAAAGAAAAAAGAAAAAAAAUCAAACAAAACAAAAAAAACAGUAACUACUGAUAACUAUGACGAAGAAAUAGUUGAUGAAAGAGAACAGAAGAAAUGGGAAACAUGUGAAGUCGAGUGUAGUAGAUCGGUAGAUGACAGCGUCAUCACUUAAUCCAAUCAUAUGUCAAUAAUAACUGUGGCACACAAAACACAUACAAUGAGAUACAGCGCAAUUGAAGAAAAGCGUUGGGCAUUAGAACGAAAGGAUGGCGCGGCACAUACACGCAGAGAGAGAGCACUAAAUUUUACUCCUGAUAUUUUUCAUGAUAGAUAGUACUCAUUAAAUGAAAACGCUGAGCCGCUACCAACACGUGUAGGCGGGCAAAACCAAAUGCGGUGUAAUGGCAUUUACAUGGCGAAACUGAUUUUUACAGCCAGCAAGUGCAAUAAGCACCAACAGUGAAGAGUGAAAAAGAUAAAAACACCCGAAAAACAUGCGUAUAGCGCAUUAAGCUAUACUGUGUCUGUGUUGCAGUGUGGCGCCACAAAACGUCUCUUUAUGCAGGUGACCGAAAGGCACCGGGCAAGGCAUGAAAUAGACUAAUGAGAGCAGAGCUGUAAAUCAGUCGGGUGAGGUAAAACAACACAUUGUGAAAACAAUAAUGAUUCGUCCAACAAACGCUAAAAACGCUAACCGGUGUAAAGACAUGACCAUUGAAAGGAUUAUCGCAACGGGCGUACCCGGCUGACGUUUUGAUGUAGCAGUAACUUUAGUAGAUUUCGGUUUCAGGCAGGUCGCAUUUCGGUUUACUUGUUUUUUUUUUGUUACAGUUAUAGUUUUUCUAUCUUUUAUUUUUUGUGUAAGAUGUCUGCAGUGCUCAGGAAAACAUUUUGCUUUUUGCGGUUAAUGAGAAUUCUCACGACAAAGAUGUAAAUUCUGCAGUGCAAAAAAGUACAUGCAUGACUGAGGAAGUGUGCAAAAGCUGAGACUCAGAUGUGUCUUCUUAAUCCCUCUAAAUGACCAGCGCACAGUAUCAAUUCAAUUCAACCAAAAGAAACAAAAAACUUCCAUUGCGGUUGGAACCACAAGAAAAAAGGGGUUAAAAAUGGAGCUCCGAGUAUAUGAAUUUUAUGUUUGAUCUUCAUACUGAUUUGUUCAACAAUCGUAUGUUGCUCAUUUACUGUACUCCUUUUUACUUCUGUGAAGUUUAGCCCACUCAACCAAAAUGCAAUUUGUAGAUGAAUUCUUUGCUUUACUUGUGAUUUUUAAUCUAUUUAUAAAAAUUUGUUUUUACAUGUUUAAUAACUACUCUAGAAUUCCAUCGUUUGUGAACACUGCUGUUGAUGCUACCUGCCAUUAGAGACGUUACAAUAUUCCGUUUUACUAAAACAGCAAAACCGUUUCAUAUAUAUGCAAAAGAAAAAGUUGCAUUUUGCCAUACCGUUUAGUAAUUUUUCUCGUUUUACUCUUGUUUACCGUAACAAGGUGUCUAUUUUUUUAUUGACAACUCCUGUAGUACCAUUUCCGAAUUUCCGAAGAUGGCCACUACGCGAACAAAACGUAUGAAUGUAUGCGGAACGGUAUUAAAAAAUUCCAAAACUGCUAUAUAUAUUUUUUAUUAUUUUACCAAUUUUUGCGAAUAUACAAUGUUUUAUAUAAACGAAGCGUGGAAGCGAAAGGAAACAUUUGUUUAGACCAAAUAUUUUUAAAAUAAAUGAAAGAAAACAACAGUGUCAAUACAAUCAAAAUUGCAUAGAACAAAACGAAGAGAAAAAAAAAAUACAUUCAUUUGAAACCAUUGUGAUGAAAAACUGUAACACAACAAGAUAAACAUAAAACAUUGAUUCACGCACAGAAGCAAACAAAAGGAAUGGAUAACGAGAUCCAUCAAACAGUAGAUGAUGUUUACUCAAAAAAGAAAAAAAGUAAAACCGGAAUGAUAAAUUAUAUUGACGACUAAACAAAACAAUACAUAUAUAUGAAAGUAAAUAAUUAUAUAUAUUAUAUAUAGAGGACGCUCACGAAGCUCCAGAAUUAAACAUACACUUAUACAUAUACACAAAAUAGAUAGGAGAUAUUUAAUUAACUGUGAACAAUUUACCAAACAACAACUGCAACAUAAACAGCAAACAAACAAGAACGGGAAAGAUAUAUUGAAUUGUAUUGGGCACUAGAAAACUACAACAACUGAGUAGCAAACCGAAACAACAAAAAAAAACAUAGAGAAAUAGGGAUGGUUUGGUUGGAACGCAAAUAUAAGCAACAGCAACAACCUACUUUACCAUGAUCAGAACACAUAGGGUUACAUAGUGCAAACACUAAACUCAUACAAAGUAUAUUGCAACAGACCGUUUGAACUGUUUCAUUUUUCUUAAGUACACAAACACAAAAACACACACACACACUAUCGAAGUAAAUUGCAACUCGUAAUUAAAUAAAGAGUUAGUGAAUAGUGUUAAAAAUAAAAUGGGGUUUAAACCUAGAAACAAAAAGUAAAGUUAAGCAAAACAUUUAAAACAGUAAAACCGAAACUCAAUCAAAUCAAAACCACAACUAAUAAACACACACGAUAGCAAAACUGAACCCAAUCAAACAAGAGCAAAUAAAAAAAAUUGAAGCAAUUAUUCAAAAGUCAGCUAACGGCAUGGUGAAGCAACUAAUAAAACAAAACAAAAUAAAAACAUUAGAAGGUAUUGGAAAAAUCGAAAUGCUUCGAAGCGAUCGCGACAACGCAUGUGUCGAAAGAGAUCACGAUCAACGCAUUAUGUUGUAUCGUUGUUGGUGGAAGAAUGGAAGAAUGAGAGAAUAUAACACACCAUUUAAUCAUUCUAUGGAGCAACCGUGAAGCAACUAUCUCUCUCUCUCUCUCUUCCCUGAUAGCCAAGAUGGAUUAAUUAGCCCAAAAAAUCAGGCGAUCAGGUGCGCGAACAGAACGGUGAAGUAAAUAUGUCUGUACAUUGUAGAUGCACAUCAUUUUAAUGUAUUUCGUUUCGAAAGCAACCAGUUUAUGCUUUGUAACGUACCGUGUUUCAUUUCUUAGGCGUUGCUUUGGACCAACUGUAACCAGUUGCGAUUAGAAUAUGAGUUGGGAAAAACGAGUUUAUUUGUGUUGUAUGUGCCGAUGGUGAAAAAUCAAUUUCUACUCUAGCAAUUAAAAACGUGACCAGUAGUAGCAAUUCAUUGUGACGAUGAUAAAUAGGCGGAUGGUGGACGACCGGGGAGAAGAUAAAAACGCAGCAGAAACGCGGCAAGAAAAUAGUAAUGCAAAGCAAACAAGUCUUCUUACUAUUGGACGAGAUCCCUAAGACACAUUAGAGGAGAUUCCCAUAUCUCGUAUAUUAAAAUAAUAUAUUUACAUAUAUACACGAGUCCCUGAAACAAGAAAAAAAAAGGUGUUUGUUACUUUAUUUACAACUAUUGAACGUAUUUGAUUGGAUUUCAGUUGUGUGUCAGCGUUUUUUGGAGGAUGGUUUUGAGUUUUAGAUAAACAUAUAUAUUGCAUAUAGUUUGGAAAACCUACCUUCAGCCAAAACGAAGAGUUCUAAGCGGGGAAGCAUAAACGUAAAAAUUUAGUGAUCUUUAAGAAUUGUACUAAUUAAUCCCCUAAAACAAAGCAAACAACUAAGCACACUUUCUAUACAAUCCCAAAAUGGUGAAAACUUAACGCAGUUGUGGACACAUAUACAGACGGCGCGAUCUUUUAAACACAACCACAACAAAACAAACUACAGCUGGCAAAACUUAAAAUAAAGCACCAUUAAAAAAAACCCGAUGCGAAUGGAGAAGUAAAGCAAAAGCGAAAGCAAAAUCAAAACAAAUCCGUAAACAAAUGAACAACAAUUAAAUAUAUCUUACCUUAAAAGCAAAAGAAUCUAACAUCAAUACGAACAGCAAACAAAACAACAAAGCAAAAGAAAUAGAACUCAAACCGAAUCAACAAGCAACAACCAAUUAUAUAGCUUUUAAAAUAAAGAAGAAAAGCUGGAGCGUGAGCCAAGCUCCACCAUGCUCCAACAACCACAUAGAACGUUUACCAGUGCGAAUAUUAGAUAGGUAUUGGAAUCUUUAAAUGAGCAAGAACGCUAACAGGUGUGCAUAGGGGAAAAAAUCGGCCACGUUACAAACACUUACUAAUCCUACUUACAAUCCAAUGCGCACAAGCCGGAACACAACAAAUGGUAACAAAUUGAAUCAAAUCAAAACGUAUUUACGCUCCACAAAAUACAACAACCGAACACCGUUUCCGUUUCAUUUAUCCGUCAUUUAUGUUGCAGUACAAUCUAUUAGCAGCCACUUUUCGAAGCGUAUUUUUCAACGCGCACACCAGGCGUGUGCGUGGAAACGCAAAAAGGCACCGCGCACACAACACUUAAACAGACAAAAAUCGAACACGUUAGCAAAAGUGUCGAACUCUUAAAACCGUGAAACACGCGGCUUAUAAACACACAAUUGAGCAAAUAUGAAUUUUGCAAAUAAAACAAGUUUGGGUUGUGAUGGAACGACACAGUGUCAUUUUGCCUGCGUGUGGAUAAGAAAGGAAUGAAUUUAAGCGGGAUGGGCAUUAACUUAACAAGACAAACAAAAGCGAUGGUUAUAAUUAAAUGAAAAGAAAAAAUAUAACAAAAAACAACGUAGCACAUAAUUUUCUGGCGGACGGUAUAGUUGCAGCAGCGGGAAAAUAACAAAAAACACUAACUAGAAGAGAGAGAGAAAGAAAACAAAUAAAACAACAAAAAAAUAGUCAUACGGGGCAGUGAUUUUUCAGCGAAAAUAACAUAGCACAAACGGACGUGUCAUAUAGACGCAAAAGAAGGUUCUUAAAGAUAGAAAGUCUAUUUUUAGUGCAUAUUGUAGCAUGAUUUGAGUGUUUGAACCGAACCAAUAGAAUGUUCUCUCAUUGAGUGUGAAUGUGUGAGUAGGCUGAGUACCAAGCGGGUGGGGGAGAAGAACAACAAACACACUUUUUUCGUAAAAACAAAAAAAAAACAAACAAACAAACAAAUAGAUAGCAAUAGGAGUCUGCGGUCGGUCGGUUUGUCGAAUGAUAAAUGAAUUGAUUUACUAAACAUUUAAAACUCUUUAACCUUUAACCAGCAAAACCUAACCAACAGAAGAAGGGCAAUCGAUAUUAAACAAUUUUGCAAAUAUGAAGAACAAAAUAUAAGAUUAAAAAAAAAGAAAGACAAAAACAACUGUGUUACCAGUUAGUGCGGGGAUUUGUAGGAGGACAGACAGGUGUGAGGUGGGCUUUCAAAGCCGGCAGACACACACAGAACAUGCAAUUUAAUAACAACUAAGCGUUAAUAAAAACCGGAAAAAUGAGAGAAAACAAAACAGAAACAAACCUACUAUCUACCGUAAGAAACUUCUACAGCUACUAUUAGUAUUACUAACGAGAAAAAAAAAUGACAACAACAAAACAAAUCUAUCAUACUUAACAUCACCAGGCACUGGUGAUUGCCGAACUACUAUAUUAACGAUUCCGAUGCUACCUCUGACGGGAGGCAAGCACUAGACGUGGAACUGAAAUACUGUGAUUUUUUUCGUUUUCUCUGCAUGAAAAAAACCCUUUGGACCUAUGUAUCAACCCCCAAUCUAGGUUGUUUGUUCAACAUUGCUCAGCUAAUAGCUCGUUGGUUGUUUUUACUUCGUUGUUGAGUUCGUUAUUAGAAAAAUUCAUUGAAUUGCGAAACAAAACUAUGAUAAAAGAACUAUUUCCCCUUCAGUAAAAAAAAUAAAGAAAAGAAAAACGGAAAAUCUAAUUACGCGCGAAUGAAGAAACGGUUUGAAAGUAUGUAAGCGCUACUCGUCGGGCGCGAGUGUGUUUGUGCAGUUGAUGCGUUCGUGGAUGCGCAACUGAAACACAGCGCACCGUUCCCGCGGUUAAUGGUUUUGAUCGGCAAAACAUGUGCAAUUACAGUAGCGAAAAUUAUUGAUCUUAGGUGAAAAAUGCCGCUCGCAAUUGAUGCUUUAGCAAGGCCGCGCAAAACGGUACACACACACACACCUUUGAAAAGAAGUGGUUUUGGGUGGGUAAAAAUCGUAUGCCAAGCUUUUACACACUUUCCCUCAGCGGUUUGGUUUGUUACAAUACACAGUAACGCUGUGGACCCUAGCGGGUACGGCGGUGUACUAUUGAAUUUACGGCGGACUGCCAAAUGAAGGAACAUAAAACAGCAUUAAGAGAGAAACAAAACCGAGCUAUGUCGUAGUUUCGAGGUCGAAGCAAAAAAAAGGGGGGAAAUAUUGAAAACAAUGUCGAAGAUUUAUUAAGUAUUAAAGUAAGGAAAACAUACACAACUACACACAAACACACACACCCACACACAAUUAAAUACAGACGGUAUUUGUUUGUACACAAGUGAAACAUUAAAAAAAACAAGCAAACAAACCAUUUAAAAAAUUAUUAAAUAUUGAUUAAAGGAAAACAAAACGAACAAAAACAAACAAAUCAAACAUAUUAUAUUUAUAAAUGAGACGACACAAUGAAACUGUUUGUAAAACACAUAUUUGCUGCUGAUAACAAAAACCAGCAAGUAAGAUGCAUCUUAGCAUGAAGUAAGAGAUAACAGAACAAACACAAAAACCACAGCGAUGACAGCACGGUACACAGCUGGGCGGCAUUGUUGUCGGUGUUCGUGCAAACUACAUUACCGAGUGAAAUGCAAAUGGAGACAGAACGCACAAAAUGGAACAUACAAUACAUUUUCACGAGACGUGCAACCAAACAAAACAUUGGAUAAGGUGUAUUCAUCUAUCAACGAUAUUUUGCAAUUUCGUUUCGGCCAGAAGCACCGGUGAUGAAGGGAAUACAUGCUAAGAAUUAACAUAAGAAUAUCCAUAAAAGCAGAAGAAAUUCAAUCAAGCAAGAAACACAUACACACACAUAAACAUACCAACAUAAACACAUGUUUAGCACAUUAUAGAUGUAGACGCACAUAUAUAAAUUGAAAUAAUUAAAAAAAAACACACACACAGGGAAAUGCCCAAAACCCUUACCCCAAAUUACACAGUUCGUUCAUUGACUUAAUAGCCCAAAAAUGCAGUAUGCGAUACUAAGCUUUGUUUGGAAAUGGUUUCCGCAUCCUUGGGAGAGUUUCCAGAUCACAAUGGAAUCUAAUCUGAUUAACAAAAAGCCACAGCUUUAUUUCAAUUCUGUUAUAAUAAGAUGCAUUUUCGUGUUGUUUUUAUAACACUUACACAAUGGUUAAGUUAAGCAACCAUUUUGUUGCAAGUAAUUUUCACAUGCAAGCAAACCUUUCUAAACAACGAUAAAACAAACGACAACCGCAUCCACAAACAUACACACAUACUAUAUGUGAUGCAAAUGUACGAUCAUUUGGGAUGUCGUGCAAUUGUUUACAAAAGUACAGUUCAAUUCAAACUACUAGAAUUAAGACAAACACACCCAAAAACACAAAACUAUAUAUAUAUACAUUAUUGCAACAAAUAACAAAUUGCAAAAUGAACAAAAUACAUACACACAUGAAAACAACAAAAAAAGAGAGUGAAAAAUAUAUACCAAACAAUGUUUGCAAAACUAUUAUUUUACAAGUACGAAUAUUAAAAACGAAACGGACGCCGGCGACAGGCAAUAACCUAUUAACGAAAAGGAGGAGAAAACAAGGCAAAUACAUUGUGCUAAGCUGUUUUAAAAUGAAACUAAAUAUAUGCAUAUUGCGAAACAUGGCCCAACAGCAGACAACAACAAAAAAAACUUGGGAUAACCCAGUAAUAGUCAAAUUAUAUGGGAAAGGACGGUUAAAAAAAAGGCAAAAAACAAUUGAAUCAAGAAUAGUGGAAACUAAAAUCAACAGCAACAAAUCAACCAUAAACUAAUACAGUUGUAUUGACACGAAAAUAUCAAUAAAACAUGAUGAUUAUCAAAGCAAA